AUGUCCAUGUUCCGCUCGAAGAAGCUCGACCUGGGCGGCUUCGUCAACAUCAAGGUUAUGCGCGACCAUACCAAGCGGAAAGUGUUUGCUGAGAACGAGCCCGAGAGACAAGCCCUCCGCUACAUUAUCCGCAAUAUGACGCUCCCCGCCCGAACGCGCGCGCAGGCACAGCUCCAGCUGUCGCAGAUGCACUGUUAUACCCGCUCGACGCAGAUCCGCAACCGGUGUAUAGAGGGAGGAAAGGCGCGGGGUGUGUUGCGGGAUUUCAAGAUGUCCAGAUAUAACUUUAGAGUCAACGCCCUUGCGGGUUUGCUCCCGGGUGUGAAGAAGGCAUCGUGGUAG